GUCGAGGUAGGACGAGAGAAGGGAGAGAGCAGAGCAGUGAUGACUUCAGUGUGGAACAAAAUAGUUCCCUUCAGGUGCAUCCUGUGGGAUAAUUGCAUGGAAAACUGUGCCAACGUGAACUCUAUCACUUUUAUUAGGUUUGUAUUAUUAUUUUUAUCCUUUUAACCAAUAUUGUUAUUGUCUUUAUUUUUUAUUUCAUUAUAUGUGAGCACUGGGACCCCUGGGGCUGUAUACUGAGUCCCCUGCUGUACACCCUCUUCACAUAGAAAAACACCAGUAUCAUCAAGUUUGCAGAUGAUACUGCGGUUAUUGAAUGAUUUUACAGGAGUACGGUCGAAAGCGUCCUUACCACAUCAAUCACACUGCAGCGCUUGGGACAGGAAGGCCAUCCAGCGUGUCAUAAAAACAGCAUAGCUCAUCUUAGGAGCUGCCUCCCCCUCACUACAGGACAUUUACUCCACCAGGGUCACCAGGACAGCCCACAGCAUCAUCAAGGACAGAACAAACCGCAAAUAUUUACUCAAUAAAUCCUGCGUUCAUUGAAUUGCAUGUUUUGUAGAAACUAUUUGGAGAACAUCUAAUGUAUUACCUCAUUCCAAUGCUGGUGUCUAGGAUUUUCCACUUGUGGACGCUUUUGAGCCAUUGCAGCGUUUAGCAACAUUUACAGAAGUUACUACACACAAGAUCAUUUUGCAGAAAUAUUGCAGAAAUUUUAUUAAAUGCAGGUUUCACAAAUAAUGCAGACAUGGGUCAAAUUCAUGAUCAUUAUUAGGGUUGUGAAUAUUUAGGUAAUGCCUUGAUGAUUCAUUUUGCAGGUGCAUUUUUUUGAUACUCUCUAACGUGUGUUUAUUACUGUAAAACAAGGCAGCGGACACACAUAUGACUCCACACGAUGGCGCUAGCAAAAGACUGCUGACACUCGCUGCUGCUAAAAUGCAAAGAAGAAGAAGAAGAGAAAGGCUGUUAUGAGCUGCUUCAAACAAACCCAAAGAAGAAGGAAUAAUAUGGAGUAGUCUUGAGAGGAUAAAAUCUAAUGAAUUACAAGAUUGGUCCACAAACAUCUCAAAGAACUGCGCGUUGGUGUAUUGUUAGGACUAUGAAGGAAACAUCCGCUAUGAAUCUAUUCACUGCACUCUUCCUUCGGCUAACACGGAGCUAACGUUAGCUAGCAACCGGCCGGUGGGGGCUAACGGUCACAUCCCCGAAUCGAUCCCCCGCGAGACGAGGCGACGUUCAUCAACUAGCGAACGGUUGGUUUUAACCAAGACCACGAGGUUUUCUCUCUGCCUGUCAUGAAGCUCCACCCGUUCCCUAUGGCGUCGUCUGAGGUCACCAUGCAGGACGUGAGCGAGGUGGUGAUCGUCACCAUACCGGAGACGGUAGGCGAGGACCUCCCCUCCGUGGUGGAGGAGGACAAGGUGGUGCUGGUGACUGAGGACCUGACCCCUCAGCCAGGGGAGGACGUAGUCUCUGUUGAACCCGGAGAGUCGGAAGCGGAGGCUGGUGAAACAGAUUCACCGUCGCUUGAAGAGGCCAUCAUUGUGAAGCUGAGCGAGGAGGUAGACGUGGACGUGGAGACCGAUGUCUUCUACCCGAUUACCUGCGGGGACGUUAAAGCCACUCUGGUGUGGAAUAAGUUUGUCUGCCCUGGGAUCAAUGUGAAAUGCGUACAGUUCAAUGAGCAACUCAUCAGCCCAAAGGAAUUUGUAUGCUUAGCGGGGAAAUCCACUCUGAAGGACUGGAAGAGAGCCAUCCGACUCAACAGCACCAUGCUAAGAAAGAUCAUGGACUCUGGUGAGCUAGACUUCUAUCAGCACACCAAGGUGUGCUCCAACACGUGCCGCAGCACCAAGAUCGACCUGGUGGGGACCAAAGUGUCCGUUGGCGGGGAUCAGCCCACCGAGCUGCUUCCUGCCACCCCCUCACCGGCCGACUUGAAUGGAGCAGUGGUCUCGUUCCCGGACAUGGCGGAGGAAACCUCAGAGUGGGUCACAGCCAUCGGAGAGGACUCUGUGGCGUUCUGGCGAGCGGUGAAGGAAGCUGGACUACUGGAGGAGGUGGUGGAAGACUUCCAGAAGGAGCUGCAGGAGGUGCUGAAGGGGUUACAGGAGAGAGUGUGUGACCCACCACUUCAGGUCAAAGAUGCUGUUUUGCUGAACAACAUAGUACAGAACUUCGGGAUGUUGGACCUAGUGAAGAAGGUGUUAGCCAGUCACAAGAGCCAGAUGGACCGCUACAGAGAGCAGUACACUCGCAGCCUGGCCGCUCUGGAGCAGCAGUGCGACGAGCACAGGAAGCGGGCCAAGGAGCUGAAGAGCAAAUCCCAGCACCUCAACAACGUCCUGAUGACCCUCGCCCCGGUGCCCGCGCCCCCGGCGUUGAAGCGCCCACGACUGACCCGCGCCGUCUCCGGACCGGCUUCGGUGGGCGCCAGCCCCACCCAGAUCACCCUGCCGCUCGGCCAGUUGACGGGCCUGCCGCUCAGCAAGGUCCUGACCGUGGCAGGGGCCCAGGCCGGUGCCAACCUGGCCGGGUACACCUUCCUGACCUCCUCACUCUCCGGGGCUGAGCUGGGGUCCGACGGCUCCAACGUGACCGUGCUGUCAGCCACGGCGGGUCAGGAGGGUGGCGGCUUUGUCAAGGUGGUCGGCCCCCAGUUCCAGCUGGUGACGCUGCAGGCCGCACUGCAGAGCCUGGCCGCCACGCAGCAGCAGGUUGGCAGCCUCAGUGUGCUGGAUGCCACGGCAACCGCUGCAAAUGAGUCGCAAGAGGAAGGAGAGGCAGACGGGGAGGAGGAGAGUCAGCCAGAGCAGGAGGACGGGGAGCAGUGAGGAGACGGUUCCCCUCCCACCUAGUUAUUGCCUUCCAUUUCAAUAUUUUGGACGCGGGACUGAAUGUCCGAUAUAUUGUGCACAUUUUGACUUUUAACAGAUCGGCUCAAGCGCGCUCUUCUUUUGUCAUUGAACACACAAGCCUUCCUUGUAGAAUUUUCACAAUGCCUAAAUUGAUAUGGUGGCAAUGGUGUGAUGUGACUGUAAAUAUUUAUUGGUAACUAAUAUAUUUGAUACAGCUGUUUCUGUAGGGAUGGAUUCCAUAUAGGCUGGAAACAACCCAGUGUUGUUUAGUUUGAUAAUAAACUGUGUUUUCAAGAACAAAUGGUAUGUCACUACAUGUUGAAUGUCCUUUAGUGGCCAACAAGGUCGUACAUUUUAAAGCUUUUUUCCCCACAAAGAAAAUCACAAUUCAAGGUCAACUUACUGUCUUUUUUCAGAUGUCUUUAUCAAAACCGCUCAGUUGUCAUGGAAGCAUUAGCAGCUGUGGUCACAUGACCACUAUUACUAGAUUCUAAAUGUGUUGAAUAUGGGACCAAUGUCUCAUACCGUAACAUGGUAUUUUAUAUUAAGUGACAUUGACCAUUGGACAUAUAUUUAUAGAUAUAUCCCGACAAUAUAUUUAUGUAGACAAAUAUAUAACCUACACAAACAAGCAUUAGCCUUGUGAGAUAUAUAUAUCCAACUAGUUCUGUUUAAUAUCCUCUUAUUGUAGGUCAGCUGCCAUGUAAUUUUGUGACAUUGAUGUAAAUAGGUAAUAAUGCAGCAGAAAUGUGAGACCUAUCGUGCAGCUUAUAUUGUACUGUUUUCAUGGAUCGAAACCAACGAACCACGUCCUUGAAUAGUGAACCAGCUCCUAGUUUAGUAACGCUCUUUGUCGCUAGGUGGCGCCACAACCUUACGGUUUGUUCAUGUUUCUUCACAUUAGUUGUGCCUCUUGGAUCAUAUGCUCACAUUAAUUGAUUUCCUUUAUAAUAAUAAUAAUAAUAAGGGCCACGUACACUUACUGUCUUCGUACAUCGAUUGAGAUCACCUUUUUUGCAAAUGUAAAUAAUUAAACCAUUUUCAUGUUG